AUGGGCGACGUCAACGACCCGUUCUACCUGGUCAAGGAUGAGAUCCAGGCCACCGUCGAUAAGGUGCGGGGCGUGCUGGAGCGCAUGGAGCGCCUCCCCGAGGGCAACAGCGAGCGCCAGCGGUACGCCUCGCAGAUCACCAGCGAGUGCGAGAGCGUCCAGUGGCAGCUCGAGGAGCUGGACAGGGCGACCGCGAUGGCGGAGCAGGACUUCAUGAGGUUCAAGGUGGACGCCAACGAGCUGGCCAGCCGCAAGCGAUGGACGGCGGCGACCAAGUCCACCGUCGCGAACGCCGAGCGCGCGGCGAGAUCCGUGCUCGACGCGGCGAAGCGACGGGGACCCGCGGGUUUCGACCCGUCCAACGCGAGCGGAUACGACCAGGGCAUCGCGGCCGCGAACGACGAUUACCUGAACCGCGAGGCCGACAACCAGCAGCUGCUGAUGCGGAAGCAGGACGCGGAUCUGGACGAUAUCAGCGCCAGCAUCCAGCGCCUCGGGCAGGUCGGCCUGACCAUCGGCGAGGAACUCGAGACCCAGGGGAAGAUGAUCGACGAGCUGGAACAGGACGUCGACGGCACCAACAGCAGGCUCGCGGCGGCGCAGCGAAAGAUGAACCAGGUGCUCAAGAAGGCGGGAGUCAAGGGGCAGAUGUGCAUCAUCGUGAUCCUCACGGCGAUCCUCAUCAUCCUCUUCCUCAUCGCGUUCAUGUGA